AUGGGACACUUCCUCAGCUUCCGGGGCCACGCGCUGCCGCUGCUCGACUCCGAGUUUCAUCCAGAGGCCUUUCAGAGAGCCAGGGACCUGCAAAACGAGAAGGUGAAGCAGGCGCCGAAGCCGAACCGACGGGUCUCCGUGACCUUCGAGAAUCGGCCCUUCGGGAUGACUCCGCUCAAGGAAGGUGUCGAGGGCUAUGUGGUAGACAAGGUGAACCACAACGAUCCUUCGAAGCCAGCUGCCCGGCUGGGAGUCAAGCCUGGCUGGAUCGUGUCAGCGGUGGCAGGCGAGACCGUGCAGGGGUUGAGUUUGGAUGACGUGCAACAGCUCACCAAGCAGGCCGAACUGCCAGUGACAGUUGACUUUGAGGUGCCGGUGAAGGAGAAGGAAAACGGUAACAGCAGCAGCAGCACGGACAAGCAGCGACCGAAGUCGUCGGCAGCCCCUCCGCCACCUUCCCGCGAGUCCCGGGAGCGGACGGAGACUCAUCGGCUGCAGGCGCUGCUGAGGGCCUUGGACUCGGACGCCAAGCUACCUGCCACGGUCUUCGUUUUCUCGCGGCGCCGGGUGGAAGCAUUGGCUGGCGACGACAUGCCAAAUCUGGAUGUUUGCACGGUGGAGGAGAAGUCCAAGGUCCACACCUUCCUGAAGAAGUCCUUCGAGCGGCUCUCCGAGGUAGACCAGAUGCUGCCGCAAGUGAAGAAGGUGGAAGAGCUUGCCAGCCGUGGUGUUGGCAUUCACCAUGGAGGGCUAUUGCCAGUGGUGAAGGAGGCGGUGGAGAUCAUGUUCUCCCGUGGGCUGGUGAAGGUCCUCUUCGCCACCGAGACCUUUGCUAUGGGCGUGAACAUGCCCGCGCGAAGCGUGAUCUUCACCGCCUGGGCCAAGCACGAUGGCAACCAGCGCCGUCCGUUGCUGCCGUCGGAGUACACCCAGAUGGCCGGCCGUGCUGGGCGCCGAGGCCUCGACACGGAGGGUAACGUGUACAUCCUGUGCGGGGAUGAGGUGCCCGACCAGAAGAAAGUCACUCGGAUGAUGACCAGCAAGGCCGAGCCGCUGCUCUCUCGGUUCCGGGUGACCUUUGCGAUGAUCCUUCAGAUGAAACGCUUCGCGCAGAGCGGGGUUCAGGUGGAGGACCUCCUUGGCCAGUCCUUCCUUGAGAAUGCACGUGCGCGACGCAGGCCGAAGGCGCGGCAGGACUUGAAGGAGCGGAGCCGGCAGCUGGAGGCCUUGCCGCCACUGCAGUGCGUCUUCGGGGAGCCAGACAUGGAGGACUAUGCCGACAUGGAGGUGCUUUCCCGCCAGCUCGGGCUCCAGUUGCAUGCGAGGCUUUGCGAGUCGAAGUCUCGGGACAAGGUCUUCUGUCCGGGGCGCUUGCCCCAGGAAAUGGCUGUGGCACUGUGGCGUGGGCUGGACGUGGCAGUGCUGAUUUUUGCUGCCAUGGUGCUGGAGUCCUUGCGUUUCUCCCGGGAGAAAGGCCUGGAGGUGCUGGAUCAACUUCAGGUGCCGCAUCAGAAGGAGUACAUCCGAGUCACGGACUCGGAGGUGCGAGGCGCCCCGCUGCUGGCCAUGGUCUCGGCCCUGGGUCUGGCAGUGGAGGCCCUCGAGCGAGCACGUGCCAAGCACGAGGGUGCCCGGGCCUGGCUUCUGGAGCGUAUGUCGUACCUGAAGACCUCCCGGCCCACUGCAGUGAACCUCUUCAACACCAUGGACUCGCUGCGUGAGGUUGUUGAUGAAGCCGCUGCCAGCGGCCAGGAUGAUGUGCAGAUCUAUCAUGCCUACGUGGAUGCCGCAGAGCGGAUGCUGGAGGAGGAUGUGACGGCCAACAAGGCCAUUGGCGACGUCGGCGCCGACGCCAUCCUGGCGGCUUUGAAGGGCAAGGCCCGGGUGCUGACGAUCUGCAACACCGGGUCCCUGGCAACGGCCGGCUGGGGCACGGCUCUCGGAGUGCUGCGCACCCUCCACGCCCGAGGACGACGCCUGGAGCAGGCGUACUGCCUAGAGACGCGGCCCUACAAUCAGGGUGCUCGUCUCACUGCCUUUGAGCUGGUGGAGGAUGGCCUGCCUGGGACUCUGAUCUGCGACUCCAUGGCAGCAGCGCUGAUGCAGCGCCGGGGGGUGGACGCCUGCGUGGUGGGCGCAGACCGGGUGGUGGCCAAUGGCGACACGGCCAACAAGAUCGGCACCUAUGCCCUGGCGGUGCUUGCGCGGUACCACGGCAUCCCCUUCUACGUGGCGGCGCCACUGACCACGCUGGAUGCAAAGAUGCGGCAUGGCUCAGAGAUCCCCAUUGAGGAGAGCGGCCGGAGGAUGAGCUGA